AUGGAUUCCGUCAUCCCAUUUUCUAUGCCACGAGGCAGCGUUGGCUCCCAGUGCCACUUUGUUCAGUCCUUCGCUGCCUCCCGUGUCAGGAUGGCGGCGCUCUUCCAGGUCCUAGCAGUGGCUCUCCUCUUCGCCUAUGCUUCUUCCCAGCUGUAUCGAGAACCAGAGCUCUGGCAGGACGAUUAUGUCAGCGAGAUCAGUGACCAGAGCGACACCGACGUUCUCGACGACCCAGACAUACUGGCCUUGCUGGCAGCUGAAGACGAGGAAGACGAAGACGACAGUGAGGAUGAGGACGACGACCCCCUGGAGCAUUUUGUCGACGUCUUGAGGAAACUCAAGCAUGAGGAUGGGAUUGACGAAGACGUGAUCUCGCUCCUGCUUUCGGAACUCGAAGGCGAGGACGAGGUCGAGGAACAUGAGAGUGAAGCAGAGAGCGGAGAGGAACAAGUCGUACGCGAGCCAAGGAGGGAGAAGAGGUCCCCUGCGAGAAGCUCCAGUAGAUCGUCUUCGUCUCGAUCGAGAGGAAGUGGGUUGCUCAGCAGGAGGUCCAGUAGUUCGUCGUCGUCCAGGAGCAGCGGCAGCAGCAGCAGAAGUUCUGGCGGAUGGUUCAGAAGAAGCAGCUCUUCUGGUAGCAGCAGCAGAAGUGGAAGUAGCAGCAGUAGCAGCAGUGGCAGCAGCAGUAGCAGCAGUGGAAGUAGCAGCAGCACUGGUGCAGGCAGCACUGGAGGAGGCUCAUAUGGGUGGAACACUGGAAACAACCGAGGCACAGCCACGGGUGCAUCAGGAGCUGGUACAAGCAGCACUGGAGGAGGCUCAUAUGGGUGGAACACUGGAAGCAACCAAGGCACAGCCACGGGUGCAUCAGGAGCUGGUACAAGCAGCACUGGAGGAGGCUCAUAUGGAUGGAACACUGGAAACAACCGAGGCACUGCCACGGGUGCAUCAGGAGCUGGUACAAGCAGCACUGGAGGAGGCUCAUAUGGGUGGAACACUGGAAGCAACCAAGGCACAGCCACGGGUGCAUCAGGAGCUGGUACAAGCAGCACCGGAGGAGGUUCAUAUGGGUGGAACACUGGAAACAACCGAGGCACUGCCACGGGUGCAUCAGGAGCUGGAGUUGCAACAGGUGUCUCCACUGGCACUUCGGGUACAAGGCCUGGCUACCCCUCACAACCUCACAAUCCCAACCCAGGGUAUCCCACGCAGCCGGGAUCUUCCAGUGGCUACCCGACGGGAUCCCAGCCUGCCUCUGGAUAUCCGACUGGGACACAGCCCGGUGCUGGGUACCCUGGAAACACGCGACCUGUUGCAGGAUACCCAUCCAGUAAUCAACCCGUGCCCGGAUACCCAACUGGGACACAGCCCGGUGUUGGGUACCCUGGAAACACGCGACCUGUUGCAGGAUACCCAUCCAGUAAUCAACCCGUGCCCGGAUACCCAACUGGGACACAGCCCGGUGUUGGGUACCCUGGAAACACGCGACCAGUAGCAGGAUACCCAUCUGGCCCUCAACCCGUGCCAGGAUAUCCAGGAGGCACUCGACCGUUCGGAGGCUACCCAGGGUAUCCAGGCAGCACAGGCUUUUCCACUGGGUAUGGGUACGGAGGAUAUCCUGCAGCAGGCUACUCCGCGGGAGGCUACUCCUCAGGUGGCUACGCCACUGGCUUCCCUGCCGCCGGCUAUGCAGCGGGGGGAUUUGCCGGCUAUCCCGCUGGAGGCUUCCCGAUGCCCAAGAGGAAGAAGUCGAAGAAGGAGAAGGUGAAGGAGGUGGUGAACAAGGCCGUGACCGGCUACCUCGCGCACAAGGCCGCCAAGAAGAACAAGUUCCUCAACCCUUCGCACAUCCACGGCUUCGGCCACGGGCGCGGCGGCGGCUUCCACGGGAUGGGCGGCAAGUUCGGCGCGGGCGCCUUGGGCGGGCUCGCCGUCGGCAAGACCGCCAAGACGCUCCUGGGCGCCUACGUGAAGAUAAAGAUCGCCAAGUACGCCCUCAAGUUCGGAGCCGAGGCCGCCAAGGCUUACUUCCAGUACAAGCUGCACAGGGACCUCGACGACUACACCAUCAACAAGUUCAUCCACAGGUACCACCAGCAGCGCGUCAGCAGGUUCGGCCGACGGCGCUACCACAACAACCAUCGCGAGAAGCCCGACUCCGACGAGGCGGCCGCCAACAUCACGCUGGGUGAAUUCUGUUACCGACCUUGCAUGCCCAACGACACUCGCAUUUGCCAGUUCACAUUUGAGGUUCAUCUCUACCAGACCUUAUCUAGGGCGUGCUACAAAUGUCCCAGCAACGCCACAGACUGCGACCGACCCGAGUGCGUGGCCGGGGACGGGACGCGCAGGAUGGUCACGGCGGUGAACAAGGGCAUUCCAGGACCGUCUAUUCAGGUGUGCGUCGGCGACAAGGUUCUCGUGGACGUCCUGAACGACAUGCCGUCCACAGCCGUCACUCUCCACUGGCACGGUCUCACGAUGGGCCCCUCCCUCGCCGUGCCCCGAGCCGAGAAGACGCCCUUCAUGGACGGCACCCCGGGCAUCACGCAGUGCCCAGUGGGUCCCUCGUCCGGCUUCAGGUACUCCUUCAUCGCUUCCAAUCCCGGCACUCACUUCUGGCACGCGCAGACAGGUCUUGAACGCGGCGACGGUGUAUUCGGCCCACUCAUUGUGUACGAGUCACAUGAAAAUGAUCCUUACCAGAAAUUGGCACAACAUAUCAUGACGAUCAAUGACUGGUUCCACUCCUCGACGCAGUCCAAGUAUGUCCUCCGUCAGCACAGCAACCAGGAGGCCAAACCCCAGUCCAUCCUGAUCAACGGCCGCGGUCCCCAGAAGCACGACGCGGAUGAAGUCGCUCGAGUUCCAUACUCAAAAUUCAUAGUGGCCAAUAACACCCGCUACCGCAUGCGGGUCAUCAACGCCGCGGUGACCAACUGCCCCGUGACGGUGACGGUGGACAGCCACGACUUCGUUCUCCUCGCGGCAGACGGCAGCCUUGUGUCGCCCAUGAACACCACCUCGCUGCUCAUCUAUCCAGGAGAGAGAUACGACGUGCUGAUCGCUGCGGAGCAACAGACAUCCUCUGACGGCGGAGUCUUCUGGGUGCGCGUGCAGGGAGGGAACGACUGUGGCCACCUUCAGCAGUACGCAAUUCUCCAGUACCUGCCCACGAACUUCUCCUUCGCCGAAGCUCCGCCCACCGCCGGCCGUUCACUUGAUUUUGCCGCGCAACGCCCGAUGCGCUUUGCCCAAGUGAACAAGGAACAAGCCCCCUAUAUAAUCUGGAAGAAGGCCCCCCUCAAAAAGGGGGUCUAA